AUGUCUGAACUGACGUCUCAAGGCAUUGGAAUCGUCAAAAGACAAGCCGAGCCGUUGUCAGAAAACGACGAAAAAUGCCUUUGGGAGAAGAACAUUUUAGGAAAUUCCACUUCCAAGUCGAUGUUAUAUUUGGUCUUCUUCUACAACUGUGGUCUUAACCAGCGCAACGUUUCGCCAAAAGUCAUCAAACACAUAUUCUCGGACACUGAGUUGUAUAAUAUUUAUAAAGAGUACAUUUGCCUUGUUCUCAGUGUAUCCGACGACGGGGAUUCGGCUGGACCGUUCUACAGAAGAGCGUUAGAGGGUAGAAAUUUCAGCAAACAAUGUAUUGGUGUAAAUAAAUUGUCAACCAUGAUAAAAUCCAUGUGUGAAGAGGGCGGGUUGAGUGGUAACUUUACCAAUCACUCCGGGAAGCGAACCUGUGCGACGGCUUUGUAUCAGGCGGGGGUAGAGGAACAGGAGAUUAUGGCCCGCACGGGCCACCGUUCCAUCGAAUCUGUUCGCCAAUACAAAAGAGCGUCAGACGACAUGAUGAAGGAAGUAUCCACCGUGUUAGAACCUAAGCGCGUCAGGAAAAGUGAUGAGCCUACCUCUACGAUUACUACAGCUUCUUAA